AUGAGUAAUGAUAGUUCUAAUAUUACUAAUCUCUUCGAAGGUAGGGAUAAAGGUAUUGGUGCAAGCAGCAGCGACUCUGAUGAUGAUCGAGCAGGUUCUUCUACUGAGCAGGAAGAAGAUGAAUCCCAAAACCUUGUACCGGAGUCUAAACCGGGAUCGGAAGGUGAAAAAGUGGGUGACAUCGUUCGUUUUGGUAAAGACAGUUACUUCGUUAUUGAUAUCUUCGAGAAAGAGAUCAUGGAGUUAGGAGACAAAGUGGAUUUAAACUACAAGAGAUUCAAAAAGUUCGAAGCUGUUGAUGGAGGCGCUCCGCGAGAUCAUCACUUCUACAACUACCGUUGCUGUUACUCCUCUUAUUUAUGCGUCUGCGCGAGUAGUACUGUGGAUAGAUUGUGGGGGAUUCUAGAGAGGGGUCUAGCCUCCAGAGAGAAGGAAGGCGUCAGCUUCUUCGUGAGAACUUACAAAGAGAGAAAAGAGCUGAUGAGAGUUGCUGUCACUGUAACAGAUUGUUAUCAGAAUCAUAAUUUGUACUUCUUCGACCUCAAGUUCCCCAAGGAGUAUCCAUAUCAAGCACCGAGUUUCUAUUACCAUCCGUAUGACCUUCGUUUGAGUACUCCUGAAGACCAAAAGUCACUGAGAGAUAAGCACUGCUACAACAUCGUAGAUGUGUUUCUCCACAUUCAAGAGAUUGUGUUGAUGAACACUAACAAGUCAUGUAACCAGAUGCUAGAUAUCCUGGAACGGCCACUCGCGGGGUUUCAAGAUUUCGUAAUAGGGUAUUUUAGGAAGAAGGGGCCUUUGAUUCUGCGGAACAUGCUGCAAGAGUUUGAUAUGGAGGAAGAGAGGGACAAGAAAAUGUUCUGGAAGAUGUACUUUGCGUUUGAAGGCAAUAAAGUUUAUUGUGAGCAGAUUCUCAACAGUGAUCUGAAAGCAGAGCUGGAGAAAUUGAAGGAGAAAGAGUAUACAUUAAGCGAUUACUACUAUGGCUCAUCAUCUUCCAACUACCCAACCUACACUCAAAGGGAUGAUGGUAUCAAGAAGACUUCCAAAAGCUUUUGGAACAAGUACUUGUCUGUGUCUUUUGAUUGA